CUGACCGACGUGCUUCACCGCAGGGUUCGCUGCAAGGGAGCUGUGCACCCGCAUCGAGCACGCCGAGCCCAAGGUCAUCAUCGGGGCGAGUUGCGGCGUGGAGCCCCACAAGGUAAUAAAGUACAAGGACAUCCUCAACGAGGCCGUCGCCAUGUCCGCGGCCAAGCCCAAGAAGUGUAUCAUCUUCCAGCGCCGCAAUGUAGACAUUGCCGACCUGGUCCCCGGCCUGGACCUGGACUGGGAUGACGUGGUGGCCGCCGCCGCGCCGCAUCCGUGCGUCCCCGUCGAGGCCAACUGGCCCCUGUACAUCCUGUACACGUCCGGCACCACAGCUCAGCCCAAGGGUAUCCUGCGCCCGACUGGCGGCCACCUGGCCACCCUGUGCUGGUCCAUGCGCACCAUCUACGGCAUGAAGGACAACGACGUGUGGUGGACGGCCUCGGACAUGGGGUGGGUGGUGGGCCACUCGUACAUCUGCUACGGGCCGCUGCUGGCGGGCCUUACCUCGGUCAUGUACGAGGGCAAGCCUGACCGGACGCCGGACGCGGGCCAGUACUUCAGAAUAAUCCAGGAGCACCAAGUGAACGCCAUCCUGUCUGCCCCCACCACCAUGAGACUGAUCAGGAGAGCGGACCCCAUGGUGAAGUUGGGAAAAAAAUAUUCGACAAAAUCGUUAAGACACGUGUUCGUCGCCGGUGAACAUUGUGACCAGGAGACCGCCCAGUGGGCGGAAAAUGUAUUCAAAGUUCCUAUCCUCAACCACUGGUGGCAGACUGAGACGGGCCACGCCAUCACUGCCUCUUGCAUAGGCCUCAACCACAGCACCAAGCCUCCCAAAUACUCGGCUGGCAUGCCCUUCCCAGGAUACGACGUACGGGUGCUGCGGCCCGACGGCGAGGAGGCGUCGCCUCAGGAGCUCGGCAGGAUCGUCGUGAAGCUGCCCAUGCCGCCCGGCACGGUGUGCACGCUGUACAAGGCUGACGACCGCUUUAAGUCCAUCUACUUCUCAAGAUUUCCGGUAGGUGCUCGCGUUAAAUAGUUUUAAUGUGCACGCAACAGUAAAAAACCG